AUGCAGCAUUGUUAUCCUUUUGACAACAAGUCUUGCUUCAAGGAAAUGCGAGCACCUGAAGUCUCUGUUAUCCUUUAUGUCUUCUCAGCAUCUACUGUUUUGCUUACUGUCUUUGGAAACCUUGUGGUAAUUAUUUCCUUUUCUCAUUUUAGGCAGCUUCACACACCAAGCAAUCUUCUUGUUCUGUCAUUGGCAGUGGCUGACUUUAUGGUGGGAAUUUUUUCUAUGCCAUUCAAACUUAUACAAAUCAUUGAAAACUGCUGGUAUUUUGGGGACACAUUGUGUUUUAUUUACUUCUGUAUCAGUUUCUUACUUACCUCAGUUUCUAUUAGUAACUUAGUAUUUAUUGCUAUCGAUCGCUAUAUUGCUGUUUGUGAUCCACUGCUGUAUUCUUCUAAAAUAACAGUUCCUGUAAUACAGAUGUUUAUUGCAACUAGUUGGGCAAUAUCCUUAUUGUACAAUUGGGUAUUGGUUUAUUUUAAAGGAAUUACAUUUACAUAUGAAAAUGUAAAUAUUUGUUUAGGAGAAUGUGAUGUAAUAUAUACAGAAACUUGGGGCAUAGUGGAUCUUAUUACUACAUUCAUUCUUCCCUGUUCUGUGAUGGUUAGUCUCUACAUAAAAAUUUUUAUAGUUGCUAAAAGACAUAUGAGAAUCAUUAACUCAAUGUCUCAACAAAUGGUAACAAAGGAAAGGAAUCAGUGUAACAUGUCUAAAAAAUCAGAGAGGAAAGCAGCAAAAACAUUAGGAAUUGUAAUGGCUGUUUUCCUUCUUUGUUGGAUUCCAUAUUAUUUAUGCAUCAUUUUUGACACAUACACAAGUUUUUCCACACCUCGUAUAGUAUUCAAUGCUUUUACAUGGCUUGUAUUUUUUAACUCUGGCAUUAAUCCCAUCAUCUAUGCUUUGUUUUAUUCUUGGUUUCAGAAAUCAUUUAAACUUAUCAUGACUCUUAGGAUAUGUGACCAUGAGUCUUCUCUGGUUAAUUUAUUUCCAGAAAGCCAUUAA